AACCUAUGUUGAAAGAAUAGGAAUAUCUUGAUUUUGACCAUCUCUUCGUGUGACCGUGAGGUUGAAUGUGAUUAACUUUUUGAACCUUUGCCUCGCGAUUUCUCAUUGAAUCUAUAUUUAAUUUUACUCAUAUCAAUUCUAAAAUUAAUAUAAUUAUAUAAAAUGUCUUGGAUUUUUGGUUACGGUAAAAAAGAUCCUCAACUUCUCGAUCCAUCUCAAGAAAUGCCACCAGGUACCGGUAAAACAGAAGGAGGAGGUCUUCAAAUUUCGGAAUCAGACAUGAAAAAAAUGGAAGCGUAUAGAUUUGAUUCUGCGGCUUUGGAAAGAGCAGCUCAAGCUGCAAGAGAACUUGAAAAAUCUAAGCAUGCCAAGGAGGCGCUGGAACUGUCAAAAAUGCAGGAGGUGACCAAACAGCAAGAGUUGAUGGUGAACAUGAAGGCGUAUGAGGCGGAGAUAGAGAGAGGCAAGGUGCAACAGAAACAGGUGGAUGCUGAAGAGAGACGGAAGACUCUGCAGGAGGAGACCCGCCAACAUCAGGCGAGAGCUCAGUAUCAAGACCAGUUGUCACGAAAGAGGUAUGAAGACCAACUGCUUCAGCAGCAGAAGAUUAAUGACGAGAAUCUGAGAAGGCAGGAGGAGUCAGUUGCUAAGCAAGAAGCCAUGAGAAAAGCAACUGUUGAACAUGAAAUGCAACUGCGCGCCAUUUUGGAGAUGAAAAAGAUUCAGGCGGAGAUGGAGGCGAAAGCCAAAGCCGACCGGGAGAACAGAGACAUCAAUUUGGAGCAGAUUCGGCUGAAAGCGGUCGAAAAUAGGGCCACCAUUUUGGAAUCUAUCAAGUGGGUACUUAUUUAUUACAGUAAAUACUUUUGGGGAUGUUUUUGAACUUUUUAUUGGCGCCCAAAGUUUAAAAUAGUUAUUUGUGCAACUAGUGCGCAAAGUGACAGUUUGCUGCACCGAAAGAAACGUUUACACACGAGCCGUUGGCGAGGCGGAAUGGUUUCCUGAGUGCAGCAGAGGAACUUUGCGCACGUAUUUCACAUUGAAUUUUUCCUACAGUUACCAUUGAAUAUGAAAAGUGGGUAAUUAUGGGUAAAA